CGUGGUGUGAAAGCAGACUGCAGCUUCUUUUGUUCAAAUCAAUCAACCCGGAGACGGACAGAGAGCUGGAUCAGGAGCCGCCGGUACUCCGUCUACUAUCACCCUCAACCCGCCUCACCAGACCCCCACCACCGCCCCGGGAGGAUCCCCUGGUCCACCAGACGGAGAUUGGAGCCCUCAAACACAGCUUCUGACUGAAAGAUGCCGCGAAAGAAGGUGACAGACGUCUCAGGGAACGGAGGGGUGAAGAGGAAGAGGGCAAGUGGGAAAAGGAAAGAGAGGGACUUCAGCAGUGACGAUGAGUUUGACUUCGAGCAAGAGAACAACAAGAAACCUGGCAAGCCCGCCACCAAGUCCGGUCUCCAGCCGGUCACGGUAGCAGACGACGUCAAAGAGAAAAUAAAACUUGAGUGCCCAAAGGUUAAAGGUCAGCUGCUCGUUUUUGGAGCAACUAACUGGGAUUUGAUUGGACGAAAGGAGGUCCCCAAGCAACAAGCUGCUUUCCGCAACCUGGGCCAGAAUCUGUGGGGUCCUCACCGUUACGGGUGUCUGAAUGAUGUCCAGGUGGCCUGCGUGGUGUCUGGUCCCUGCUCGGCACACAGUCUCCUCAUGACCACCGAGGGGAAGCUCUGGAGCUGGGGUCGUAAUGACAAGGGGCAGCUGGGCCACGGCGACACAAAACGCCUGGAGGCUCCCAAGUUGAUCGAGGGCCUGGCUGAUCAUGUGAUCGUUUCUGCAGCCUGCGGACGCAAUCACACUCUGGCACUGACAGAGGAUGGUACUGCGUAUUCUUUUGGCGAGAACAAGCUCGGCCAGCUUGGCCAAGGCAAUCAGACCGACGCCGUCCUAACUCCAGCACCGAUUUCCUACAACGGACAGCCUCUGGUGAAGGUGUCCUGUGGUGCCGAGUUCUCCAUGGUGGUGGACUGCAAAGGGAACCUGUACUCCUUUGGAUGUCCAGAGUACGGGCAACUGGGCCACAACAGCGAUGGGAAGUUCAUAGCUCGUGCCCAGCGUAUCGAGUUCGACUGUGAGCUCAUCGCUCGACGUGUCGCCAUCUUCAUUGAGAAGUCUAAGGACGGCCAGGUUAUGCCUGUUCCCAACGUCGUGGUCCGCGACGUGGCCUGCGGAUCCAACCACACGCUGGUGUUGGACUCUCAGAAGCGAGUUUUCAGCUGGGGUUUCGGCGGUUACGGGCGUCUCGGACACACGGAGCAGAAGGAUGAGAUGGUGCCUCGCCUCGUCAAGCUGUUUGACUUUCCCGGACGCGGCGCCGCUCAGAUUUAUACCGGAUACCAGUGUUCCUUCGCCCUCAAUGAGAUGGGGGGGCUUUUCUUCUGGGGGGUGACAAACACUUCCAGAGAGUCCACCAUGUACCCUAAAGCUGUGCAGGAUCUGUGUGGGUGGAAGAUCCGCAGUCUGGGGUGUGGAAAGAGCAGCAUCAUCAUCGCAGCAGACGAGAGCACAAUCAGCUGGGGCCCCUCGCCCACGUUUGGAGAGCUGGGAUAUGGAGACAACAAACCCAAAUCCUCCACAACUGCCCAGGAGGUGAAGACCUUGGAUGGCGUCUACAUCGAGCAGGUGAUGAUGGGCUACUCCCACUCGCUGGUCAUCGCCAGACAGGACACGGAGCAGGAACAGGAGAGGCUGAAAAAGCUGCCCGAGUACAACCCCCGAACAAUCUGAUUGGCUCUCCAGCCGGCAACCCUCAACCCGUUUCACCGGAGCAGAGUCCAGCGCUGCUCCCCAGUGGGGCGGUUGAGUUCAGGGGAGAGGUGCGCACAAGACAUCUCAACUACCAGCAAACUGGCUCCACACCGAUUUGGACACUUGAAUCAGAGAAGAUGGGACUGGAGACAUACAGGAGGUCUGGACGCUCCGGUUCUCACAUGUCAAGAUAAAUCACCUCCCACAAUCCUCCGCUCUGAGCACUUCACACCCAGCAGUCGUGCAUCCCAAAAAAAAAUAAGAGGGAAAAAAAAAAAGUCCAGUUUUUGUGAUUAUCAAACAUUUACGUCUCUAGUUCUUCUGUUCUUUGUUUCUUUAUUUGAACUUCUAGUUGUCGUGUUUUCUGGUGCUAUAGCAGGACCUUCAGUCUUUUCCCACUGAGGGCUUUUCAGAGACCAACACUCCAUACCUGUGCCUUUUUCUACGUCUUCGUUCAGGGUAUGGAAGUCGCGUUCUAGGGAGGAUCGUUGAUUUGGGUGGUGUCAGUGCGAGCUCGGUGGUGCCGCUGGUUCCAGUCAGGAUUGUGGAACACGAUGUUCUGCGUUAGUGCACUCGCCCGAUGUUACAUUCCUUUUGUUCUUCCCUCGGUUUUGCAUCAAGGAUGCUCGUCUCAGGCUUUCCAAAGACCAGCGUCUGCCGCUCUCGUCUCGCCAAUUUGAUUACCUAUUCAAAACGCUCAAAGCGGUUUCACAGGCAGGUCGGACCUUCCAGAACCACGGCCGUGCUGUCGGGGACUGGUUCCGUGGUGCGCUGGUGAGAAAGGCACGUCCUCGUUUCAAAAAACAGGGGAGUUCUGUCUUUAUUGCUUUUUGUUUUUUUAUGGAUAAAGUCUUGUUUUUGUUUCCAUUGCAAUGAUUAAAUAAAGAUUCAUGUAAAUUCAGA